AUGUGGUCCAACUAUAUUGUCCAGCCGGAGGAGGAUGGCCGUAUGGGGGUGGUAGGAGCUGGGGCCCAUGGGGGCCUAGCAGGGGUGAAGGGAGGGGGGCGUGCUCCAAGGCGGAACCCUAGGAUGAGUGACAGCCAGGAGGGGAAGAUCAAGCUGGCGUUCUUCGUGGCCAUUGUGGGUGUGACCCUGACAGUGCUGGGGGUGGGGACAGAGUUCUGGGUGGAGCUGGCCAUGCCCAAGACCUGGAGCAACAACCAGACAUGUCAGACGGCCCACUACGGCCUGUGGAAGGGGUGUACCCGCACCCUGUGGGUAGACGACAUCGACCCCGAGAGAGAGAGCUGCGGCCCCACCGACCUGCCCGGAGGUGAGGAACCUGUCUGUCUGUCUGUCUGUUGCAUUAGGGCAGGCCAUGAGUUGAUUUUGGGGACAGGCUAGGUAGCAUCCUUAGUGUCUCAUUUUGAUGACAACACUGUAAAAAUGGGUUCUAACUAGAGGGAGUAAAGCUACGACCGGAAGUGACUUUUUCGUAGCAGGUUAGGAGAAUUUACGUAGCAGGUUAGGAUAAUUAUCGUGGCAGGUUAGGAGACUUAGGUUAAGGUUAGGAGAAGGGUUAGGGUUAGCUAAAAUGCUCUCCUAACCUGCUACGAAUAGUAACUUCCGGUCGUAGCUGUACUCCCUCAAAUCACAACCGCAGAGAUGGAGGUAACGAUGGAGGUAACUGGGGCACUGAUUUCAUGACCAACCCCUGAUCGCACUGCAGUGCUGUGUGUGUUAGUUAGGGCUUCCUCCCCUUCCUCUGCACUGAUCUGUAAGCAUAGGAUAGGUGGAAGCAGUGUGGUGGAUGUCUCCCAGGAAUUUGCAUCAGUGCAGCAGCAAUAUGUGGGUCUGUGUAUGCAUGUGUGUAUUGUAUGUAUGCGUGUGUGUGCGCUUAUGUAUGUGUGUGUGCGCGCGUGCUUAUGCAAACGUGUGUGAAUAGGAGGCGUGUAUGCCAGCCUUGCUGUGUGUGUAUCUGGGUCAUCCUACAGAUAAUGUGCAAAUUGAGUCCUUAAAGGAAUACUGCUUUGAAAUGGAGCCAGUCUGAAUUUGACAAAUCUGAAUGUGGCUACUGUGGUCUGUCAGUUAGUUAUCUAGCUAUAGGUAUCAGAUUUCUAUGAUCGCUGGUGAGUCAGAAAAGGAUGUUUACAGUGUCCUUGUAAAAUCCAACCUUUCAGUGAGUUUAUAUAAGACAGAUGCUUCCCUUUUACUGCAUAAUGGAGCUUUUCCUUUUGGAAUAUUUCAAUGGAUCAUUAUUAUUAUUAUUUAAUUUCAAUUCCUUUCAGUUUUAGAAUAAAUAUAUUUCUGAUAUUGAUUGCAGGAAUUCCUCAUUAUAUCAGUGUUUUUCAUGAAAUCUUCUCUAUAAAAAACAAAAAUGAUAUGUUUUAAAUUUCAACAAAAGAAAGCUAAUAAAUUAAGAUUUUCAGCCACUUACUCCAUGCUGUACUGUUACGUUCCCCCAUGUAAGUCUCUUAUCUGUGGAAUGACCCGUUUCUGUCUGUAGGGAUCGUUCAGUGGUGGAUGAAUGCAGGUAUUAAAGCACUAGUCCCACAGAGGGGGCCAGACAGGGCCUACGGUAGGAUGAGGGAGCCAUCUCCUGUAUUCAUGCUUUAUCUGCCAGAACAGUCUGAUAUUCAGCCAGGCUGGGAGUGGUUGGCUGUGAUACACUAGCAAUUAUGUAUGUAUUGUUUUGAAUAGGAUGUAUAUAUAUUUUACAUUGUAUAAAUAUAAAAUUGCAAUAUUUCAUUUUGCAGUCUUGAGUUUGCUUGUUUUAUUAGGAUGGAUGAGUCCUAUGAAUGUUCAUAUCUAUUACAAUGUAGAUGACACGCUAUAUCCAUUUGGUGCGUUGUUUAUCAGCCUCAGGUAUUUUAGAGGGCUGAUUCACCUUGGAUGUCUAGUCGAUAAACAUCUAUGUCUGACUCACCGUGUGUGUCUUGUCUAGCAGAUAAACAUCUGUGUUUACGAUGACGGUCUGUGUGUGUUGGAGUAGAUUCAGUAUCUAUUCUGACACUUCCUCGUCUCCUCGCGUCUAAACACUGUUGGCCCACAGCGCCUGACAGACAGGCUCUGCUGUGUGUGUGUGUGUGUGGACUCCUCAUGUUUGGAGAAAAACAACAGUUUCUCCGUCUGUGCAUCUCUAUUUCACAUUCAUGUUUCCAUGCCCCUGGCGCCUGUCCCUGGGAAACAACCUCACAGUCAUUCUCUGUCACUGUCUGUCAGCGCCAGACCAACUAAUACAUCAUACAUCACUCACUGCUACUGUACAUUACCAUAACCUCUGACUAACUGACUGAGCUGCUCAGAGGUGGAGAGGUGGAGAGGUGGAAAGGUGGAAAGGUGGACAGGUGGACAGGUGGAGAGGUUGAGAGGUAGAUCUCACUAUAAAUCUGUGGUCAUAAUUUACAGGUUGCCUAUAAUGCACCAGUGUUGCAGACAGAAUAGCAUUGAGGUUGAUAGGAGACUCUGCUGUAUGUGUUUGUACUUGUGUGUGUGUGUGUGUGUGUGUGUGUGUGUGUGUGUGUGUGUGUGUGUUUGGUUUUACUAUCCUUGUGGUGACGAGAAGUCGAACAAGUGGGGACAUUUCGCCGGUCCCCACAAGGAAAAAGUAUAUUUUAGGCUUAGGUUUAGGUUUAGGUUUAGGUUUAGGGUUAGGGUUAGGGUUUGGGGUUAAGGUUAAGGUUAAGGUUAAGGUUAAGGUUAGGGUUAGUGUUAGGGUUAAGGUUAGGGUUAGGGUUAGGGUUAGGGUUAGGUAUAGGGUUAGGGUUUAGGGAAAAUAGGAUUUUGAAUGGGAAUAAAUUAUUUGGUCCCCACAAGGAUAGUAAAACAAACAUAUUUGUGUGUGUGUGUGUUUGUGUGUGUGUGUGGUGUGUGUAUGUGUGUGUGUUGUGUGUGUGUGUGUGUGUGUGUGUGUGGCUGUGGCUGUGGCUGUGUGUGUGGCUGUGUGUUUGUGGGUCCCUCUGCAUCUCUGACCGAACAGAGUAUGCAGGGGUGACUACUAGAGAGGGGGAUCGAGGAAGAGCAGCAGAGGAUGAGAGAUAUACCCCAGCUGGACAAGAUACAGUGCCUUGCAAAAGUAUUCAUCCCUCUUGGCGUUUUCCCUAUUUUUUUGCAUUACAACCUGUAAUUUAAAUGGAUUUUAUUUGGAUUUCAUGUAAUGGACAUACACAAAAUAGUCCAAAUUGGUGAAGUGAAAUGAAAAAAAUAACUUGUUUCAAAAAAUUCAAAAAAAUUAAUAACGGAAAAGUGGUGCGUGCAUAUGUAUUCACCCCCUUUGCUAUGACGCCCCUAAAUAAGAUCUGGUGCAACCAAUUACCUUCAGAAGUCACAUAAUUAGUUAAAUAAAGUCCACCUGUGUGCAAUCUAAGUGUCACAUGAUCUGUCCCAUGAUCUCAGUAUAUAUACACCUGUUCUGAAAGGCCCCAGAGUCUGCAACACCACUAAGCAAGGGGCACCACCAAGCAAGCGGCACCAUGAAGACCAAGGCGCUCUCCAAACAGGUCAGGGACAAAGUUGUGGAGAAGUACAGAUCAGGUUUGGGGUUAUAAAAAACUAUCAGAAACUUUGAACAUCCCACUGAGCACCAUUAAAUCCAUUAUUAACAAAUGGAAAGAAUAUGGCACCACAACAAACCUGCCAAGAGAGGGCCGCCCACCAAAACUCAAGGACCAGGCAAGGAGUGCAUUAAUCAGAGAGGCAACAAAGAGACAAAAGAUAACCCUGAAGGAGCUGCAAAGCUCCACAGCGGAGAUUGGAGUAUCUGUCCAUAGGACCACUUUAAGCCGUACACUCCACAGAGCUGGGCUUUACGGAAGAGUGGCCAGAAAAAAGCCAUUGCUUAAAGAAAAAAAUAAGCAAACACGUUUGGUGUUCGCCAAAAGGCAUGUGGGAGACUCCCCAAACAUAUGGAAGUAGGUACUCUGGUCAGAUGAGACUAAAAUUGAGCUUUCUGUCCAUGAAGGAAAACGCUAUGUCUGGCGCAAACCCAACACCUCUCAUCACCCUGAGAACACCAUCCCCACAGUGAAGCAUGGUGGUGGCAGCAUCAUGCUGUGGGGAUGUUUUUCAUCGGCAGGGACUGGGAAACUGGUCAGAAUUGAAGGAAUGAUGGAUGACGCUAAAUACAGGGACAUUCUUGAGGGAAACCUGUUUCAGUCUUCCAGAGAUUUGAGACUGGGACGGAGGUUCACCUUCCAGCAGGACAAUGACCCUAAGCAUACUGCUAAAGCAACACUUGAGUGGUUUAAGGGGAAACAUUUAAAUGUCUUGGAAUGGCCUAGUCAAAGCCCAGACCUCAAUCCAAUUGAGAAUCUGUGGUAUGACUUAAAGAUUGCUGUACACCAGCGGAACCCAUCCAACUUGAAGGAGCUGGAGCAGUUUUGCCUUGAAGAAUGGGCCAAAAUCCCAGUGGCUAGAUGUGCCAAGUUUAUAGAGACAUACCCCAAGAGACUUGCAGCUGUAAUUGCUGCAAAAGGUGGCUUAUAUUCUUAUUUGUUGUUUGUUUCACCCCAAAAAUUAUUUUGCAUCUUCAAAGUGGUAGGCAUGUUUUGUAAAUCAAAUGAUACAAACCCCCCAAAAAUCCAUUUUAAUUCCAGGUUGUAAGGCAACAAAAUAGGAAAAAUGCCAAUGGGGUUGAAUACUUUCACAAGCAACCGUAUACAGUACCAGUCAAAAGUUUGGACACACCUACUCAUUCAAGGGUUUUUCUUUAUUUUUGCUAUUUUCUACAUUGUAGAAUAAUAGUGAAGGCAUCAAAACUAUGAAAUAGCACAAAUGGAAUCAUGUAGUAACCAAAAAAGUGUUAAACAAAUCAAAUAUUUGAGAUUUGAGAUUCUUCAAAUAGACACCCUUUGCCUUGAUGACAGCUUUGCACACUCUUGGCAUUCUCUCAACCAGCUUCAUGAGGUAGUCACCUGGAAUGCAUUUCAAUUAACAGGUGUGCCUUCUUACAGAAGAUAGCCCUAUUUGGUAAAAGACCAAGUCCAUAUUAUGGCAAGAACAGCUAUAAUAAGCAAAGAGAAACAACAGUUCAUCAUUACUUUAAGACAUGAAGGUCAAGAACCAUGAAAGUUUAUUCAAAGUGCAGUCGCAAAAACCAUCAAGCGCUAUGAUGAAACUGGCUCUCAUGAGGACUCCCACAGGGAUGGAAAACCAAGAGUUACCCCUGCUGCAGAGGAUAAGUUCAUUAGAGUUACCAGCCUCAGAAAUUGCUGCCCAAAUAAAUGCUUCACAGAGUUCAAGUAACAGACACAUCUCAACAUCAACUGUUCAGAGGAGACUGUGUGAAUCAGGCCUUCAUGGUUGAAUUGCUGCAAAGAAACCACUACUAAAGGACACCAAUAAGAAGAAGAGACUUGCUUGGGCCAAGAAACACGAGCAACCGCUGUGGUUUUGUGAGACGCGGUGUGGGUGAGCGGAUGAUCUCUGCAUGUGUAUUUCCCACCGUAAAGCACGGAGGUGUUAUGGUGUGGGGGUACUUUGCUGGUGACACUGUCUGGGAUUUAUUUAGAAUUCAAGGCACACUUAACCAGCAUGGCUACCACAGCAUUCUGCAGCGAUAUGCCAUCCCAUCUGGUUUGGGCUUAGUGGGACUAUCAUUUGUUUUUCAACAGGACAAUGACCCAACACACCUCCAGGCUGUGUAAGGGCUAUUUUACCAAGAAGGAGAGUGAUGGAGUGCUGCAUCAGAUGACCUGGCCUCCACAAUCACCCAACCUCUAACCAAUUGAGAUGGUUUGGGAUGAGUUGGACCUCAGAGUGAAGGAAAAGCAGCCAACAAGUGCUCAGCAUAUGUGGGAACUCCUUCAAGACUGUUAGAAAAGCAUUCCAGGUGAAGCUGGUUGAGAGAAUGCCAAGAGUGUGCAAAGCUGUCAUCAAGGCAAAGGGUGGCUACUUUGAAGAAUCUCAAAUAUAAAAUAUAUUUUGAUUUUUGUAACACUUUUUUGGUUACUACAUGAUUCCAUAUGUGUUAUUUCAUAGUUUUGAUGUUAUCACUAUUAUUCUACAAGGUAGAAAAUUGUUAAACAAUUCAAUAAAACCCUUGAAUGAAUAGGUGUGUCCAAACUUUUGACUGGUAGUGUAUAUAUAUAAAAACAGAGAGAGAGAGAGAAGGACAGAGAGGAAGAGUGUCUGUCUAAUGCAGUAUUAACCAAGCCCUUGUGAUCCUCUCUCUCUUUUCCUCCCUUCAUCUCUUUCACCUCCCCCUCCAUCUGUCUCCCUCUUUCUAUUCGUUCUCACCCCCCCUCUAUCACUCCCUAUCUCUCCUUCCCCCUCUUUCUCAUGCUCUCUGUGUUCUCUCGCUCUCUCCUUCUCUGUCUCUGCCUCCCUACACAUUGCCUUGCUUUCUCUCCUCCCCCUCCACCUGCCCCCUCUUUCUAUCUCUCCUUCUCCCUCUCUUCCACCCCUCCCCCCUUUCUCUCCUUCUCUCUCGUGGCACCAUAUGUGUGUGUAUGUGCUGUGGAUGUGGGACUGUGUGGAGCAGUGAGCAGUGUUUCUCAUGGUGCUCUAGCUCCCGGUACACAGCAGAUAAAAAUAGGACUUUAUGCCUAGGAGGACAGAGGGGAUGGAUGGAUAGGGAAACACAUUGCUGAGGACCAGUAAUAUACUGUGUGUGCGUGUGUGUGUGCGUGUGCGUGUGCGUGAUGUUCCCUCUCUGUUUCUCUCCUCAGAAUCCAACUGCACUUACUUCAGAUUCUUCACCAAUGGAGACAACGCAGUCAUAUUUAAGAAGACGACCCACAAGAGUAAGUCAGCAUCUUAAGUCUCGCCUCCUCUUCCUCCUCCUCCUCCUCCUCCUCUUCCUCUCCCUCUCCCCCUCUCUCUCUUUCUCACGGUGCUGUAUUUAUCCCCUGUGACGUUUUCUCACUCUCAGAUGCACAAUACUCACUGAGGUGUAACUCUGCCCUCCCUCCCUCCCUCCCUCCCUCCCUCCCUCCCUCCCUCCCUCCCUCCCUCCCUCCCUCCCUCCCUCCCUCCCUCCCUCAUUCUCCCCUGUCUACCUCUCCAACACCUCUUCACUCUUUCUCUAACCACUUCUCCCUCUAUUUACUUAUUCUCCAUCCCCCUCUCCCCCUCCCCUCUCUCUCCCAGACCUGAACAUAGCGGCUGCUAUCCUAGCAAUGAUAGCGCUGUCUAUGAUGGUGAUGGGUGCUAUCUGUAUCACCAUGUCCCUCAGUAAAGGAGUGCCCUUCUUCCUCAAGCCCGCCUCCUUCUGCUUCAUCCUAUCAGGUAAGGGGAAAUAGACUACAAAGAGAGCAGACACUAUUCUGGGAGUAGACUUAGACUUAGACCCUCAACAGUCUCUCUCUCUCUCUCUCUCUCUCUCUCUCUCUCUCUCUCUCUCUCUCUCUCUCUCUCUCUCUCUCUCUCUCUCUCUACCUCUCUCUCUCUCACCCCUCCCACCUCUCCCUCCCACCUUCCUACUCCCUCUCCCCCCUUCUCCCUCCCUCCCUCCCGCCCUCCCACAGGUCUACUGGUCCUGCUGUCUAUACUUGUGUUUCACCAGUCAGUGCUGGCCCUGUUGUCAUCUGACCACUCCAUACCGCUCCACCACGAGCUCUCCUGGUCUGUGGCCUGUGUGGGCUUCGCUGGGGCCAUCCUCAUCGUGGGGGGGAUCCUUUUCCUGAUCCUUUCCCUCCCCUACAGCCCCUGGGAGAAAUGUCUGCCUCAACGCAACAACAGCGCCACCUAGCACAUGGGAGGCCCAAAAGCGCAAUCAAACUCCAGUCCUCGAAGGAUCACAAUCAAACUCCAGUCCUCGAAGGAUGCACUGUCUGCUGGUUUUAAUUGUCAGGUAUAAAUCAGACACUGAUUUGAACAACUACAACCAGUAGACACUGAUGCCAUCUAGGAGUUGAGUUGUAGACCCCUUUUUAUUUAGCCAGUUGUUGAUGACAAACUAGAUGGACUGACUGACUGACAGACUGACAGACUGACUGAAAGACUGACUAACUUGUAGGGCUACACGGUGUUUACUUAAUGCAAUAACAAUUAUACUCACUAACUGUGCCUAUAACUCUACAAGCCUGCCCAAAAGCCUGUGACCUUACGAGAAAACACUACGUAGACCAGAACCUUCCCACUUUUUGACAUCGUGACCAACCUAAAGCUUUUAGAAGUUUCUGGUGACCUACCAAAGAACAAGCAAUGUUUCUAAGCAGAACCCAGUCUUUACCAGGGGGGUAAUGCUGGGUUAAACAAAACCAAAGCAUGGAUUGCUGUCUUAACUUGUCCAUUGACUGCUAAGAGGGUAAGGAAACCAAUGUCAUUUUGUUACUGAACUAGCCCUUUAAACACAACCAUUGUCAACCACACUGUAGUUGUAGAUAAAGACCCAGCAGUGGGGUGCAGCAUCAUGUCUGUACUAUGUACUAACCAUUACUUAUUGAUGGUGUCACCUAGUCAAUUAAAUCACACCGGGAGUGUGGUGGCAUCUAUCUGGGGGGCUAUGGGUUGGGUAAAGUUCACAGGGCACCAUGGUACCAUGGUAACAUGUAGGUCACUACCGUUGCUAAGGGAGGAGCUACUUUAUUGUUUCCAGGAAGUGGCAUAGCCAUCCCUGCUACAUGAAACGCCUUGCAAGAUGUCAUUAUUAAUCUAUUAUGAAUGAUUAUGAGGCCUUACAUUUAAUACCUAGAAAUAAUAUAUUAUCUAAGCAAUUUACUAAAUAUUUAUUAUCUGCACAUUGUCCACAUGAAUGAAUGCUGUUUUUAUGUAAGAAUGAUUGCAUAUGUGAAUGAAUUAAUGUAUGUACGGAAGAUACAGAUGUAUAUUUGACAGUGUAUUGUAUAGACUCACUUUACAAGCACAGCUCUGUAUAUAAAAUAUAUGUGUUUAUAUUUUAUUUAUACCUGCACACUGUAACCUUUUGUUCAAACUUAGGAGGGUGUAUUUAGUUUUUAGCCUAUCCAAACCCUUUUUUCAUCAUGUGUUUUAUUUGUCAUAAUAAAGCCCACCUUGUCUUUCUCUACCUACAUUUUAGUUUAGGGAAAUGCACAUUGUGCCUUAAUGGUCAUAUAAUCAUAAAUAUGUCUCACUGGGUUUGCUUCUGAAAUAAAUAGAUUUGACAUAAGAAACACUCUCCUACUUUGUCUCUGUCUUUCUCUUUGUCUCGUCUACGAGUCCUUUUCUCCCUUCUAACUUAACCUCUAUGGGAUCGGUGUCCUGUAUACGGGACUGUUGAGCUAACGU